AAAAGCAUGCAGAGCUUCUCAUUCUGCAGGGUCUGCCCUCCUUCUGCAAAGCAUCUUAACAUUGUCUGGCAGAUGAUCUGUAUUCAGAGACCUACCCACUCUCAUCUCACCACCCAGCACUUCUUCCUCCUAGCCAGAGAGUUAUUCUGCGCAGUCCUUGCCUCUACCACACUGUUUGCUUUAGUCUUACUGAACUGAGUUUCCAAACCAGAACGUCCAGCAUUUUUCAUAAAGAAAACUUAGUUGGUGUGCUUCAGUAGAGAACAUAUGAGAAAGGAUUUCUAGGCAUACACUGAGCAGAAUUAAUGUAUGAUGUGGGAAGGAAAACAUACUGGAUGAUAUAUGUGUAAAGCCUGGGUUUGCUCACAGACCACCUCCAUCACUUUCACUGGUGAGAACAUGGCUUCCAAUGUUACAGCAUGUGGGAAGGAGACUUAUAAAAGUUAUUCAAGUGUGGAAAACUAGAUUUGAUUCUGGCCAGGCAGAACCCCCACUCUGGUGUGCUGAUACGGCUAGACCUUAUAGCUCUAAUCAUAUAUAAGAAGAAUACAAGAUAUGGCUGCCACUGCCAGUAUAUUAGAGAGUAUUUUUUUGAAAAGAUCCCAGCAGAAGCGAAAAACAUCACCUCUUAACUUUAAGAAGAGACUAUUUGUGCUAACAGACACCAAAAUCAUCUAUUAUGAGUAUGACUUUGACAGAGGGCGUCGGGGCAGCAAAAAAGGAUCUGUGGAUCUAGACAAAGUGAUUUGUGUGGAGUGUGUUGAGCCUGAGGAAAACCCACCACCAGAGAGGCAAAUACCAAACAGAGAAGAAUUUGACACAGAGCAGAUGACUAUCAUAGAGAGAUUUCCAUACCCAUUCCAGAUAGUGUAUGAUGAUGGGCCGCUCUACGUCUUUGCUCCUACAGAAGAACUGCGAAAACGCUGGAUUCACCAGUUGAAGCAUGUUAUUCGUUUUAACAGCGAUGUGGCUCAGAAAUAUCACCCUCGGUUUUACCAAGAUGGGCAAUAUCUUUGCUGUGCCCAAACAGCCAAAAAUGCAAUGGGAUGCCAGCCACUGGGGAAUGCCAAUGGAUUUAUAAGAACAGAACGCUCCCAGCGAAGGUCCAGAAAGCCACUCCCUCCUCCACCACCCCAAGAGAGCCAGAAGCCAUUGCCACCUACACCAUGUUUAUCACUACACAAGGUUGUAGCCAUGUAUGAUUUUACUCCAUUAAAUGCCCAAGAUUUGCCGCUGCAUAAGGGUGAGGAGUAUGUAUUGCUGGAGGAAGGCACUGGGAAUCCCUGGCUGAGAGCACGGGAUAAAAAUGGGCUGGAAGGAUACAUACCUGGUAAUUAUGUUACAGAAGCUCAAGAUCCACUGGAAAUAUAUGAGUGGUACUCCAAAAACAUGACAAGAAGUCAGGCUGAAAAACUGCUACGAGCAGAGGAUAAAGAAGGUGGCUUUAUCGUGAGAGAUUCCAGCAAGGCCGGAAAGUACACUGUAUCCGUAUAUGCAAAAUCAUCUGGGGAAGGUAUUAUACGCCAUUAUGUGGUGUGUGAGGCGCCUGGAAAUCAAUAUUAUUUGGCAGAGAAACAUCUGUAUUCCUCAAUACCAGAACUGAUCACAUAUCAUCAACACAAUGCUGCAGGCCUAAUAUCAAGGUUGAAAUAUCCUGUCUGCUCUUUGAGAAAAACUGCUCCUUCCACAGCAGGCCUUGGCUAUGGCUCAUGGGAGAUUGACCCAAAGGACCUGACAUUCCUGAAGGAGUUAGGCAAUGGGCAGUUUGGGGUGGUAAAGUACGGAAAGUGGAGAGGUCAGCAUGAUGUGGCUAUUAAGAUGAUUAAAGAGGGUUCCAUGUCUGAAGAUGAAUUCAUAGAAGAGGCCAAAUGUAUGAUGAAGUUGUCCCAUCAAAAUCUGGUGCAGUUGUACGGUGUCUGUACUAAGCAGCGUCCUAUUUUUAUAAUUACCGAGUUCCUGUCGAACGGCUGCCUGCUCAAUUACCUGAAGGAUCUGCGUGGGAGGGUCUCUCAGGGAGAUCUGCUAUCCAUGUGCAGUGAUGUCUGCGCAGCAAUGACAUAUCUUGAAUCGAAGCAAUAUCUGCACCGUGACUUGGCUGCAAGAAAUUGCUUAGUUGCUGCAGAUGGAAUAGUAAAGGUUUCUGAUUUCGGUCUUUCAAGAUAUGUUCUAGAUGAUGAAUAUACAAGUUCUUUGGGUUCUAAGUUUCCUGUCCGCUGGUCAUCUCCAGAGGUUCUUCUGUACUGCAGGUUCAGUAGCAAGUCUGAUGUGUGGUCAUUUGGGGUCUUAAUGUGGGAAGUGUUUACUCUUGGAAGGAUGCCAUAUGACAGAUUCACUAAUAAUGAAAUUGUGGAACAGAUAACAAGGGGUGUCCGUCUGUACAGACCCCAAAAUGCCACAGAUAGAGUGUACAGCAUCAUGGUCAGUUGCUGGGCAGAGAAAGCUGAUGACAGACCAACCUUCCGAAUUCUACAUAAUACCAUCUUGGAAGUUCUGGAGGACUCCUGAAAAUGAACCCUCUACCAAGCCAAGGCUGAGGAACACUGGCCUAACACAGCAUUGAUAACUUGUAUAUGACUAUCUUGUAAAUUCCAUGCUCCUUAAGUGCAGUAAUAAAAUGAAAUGUACUUCA